AUGGGUAAGAAACGCCAUACAAAUGAUCGACAUUAUGUGGAGGAGGGUAUUCCAGGCGAAAUACUCGUCAAACGAGAGCGUCGUCUUAUCCGUGAAAAAGAGAACGAAAUUCGUCUUGUUGUUCAUCGUCUGCGUGCUUUGAAAGCUGAUGGCUACAUUGCAAGUGAUGAAGAACUUGAUGAAUGUUUCUGUCAAGUGCGUCAACUUGCUAUUGCACCAAAGGGCUUGGUUUCAAACGAAUUCCGGAGAGACCUUUGGCCCUUUCUAUUGGGUUGCAAAGACGAUACGUGUGCGGAGCUCAAUGGUUCACGUUACACUAGAAACAACUCCAUAGAAACGCGGCUGGAUGCAGCACAGGUCGAAAAGGAUGUGGACCGAUCUUUAUGGCAUUAUGACAUUUUGCAAGGAAUACAGGAAAGUGAACGUCAAGACAAGCGUCGUGCAUUGACACAGCUGAUAUUAGGCGUACUGGACGCAAACAAUGAGCUGCAUUACUUCCAAGGGUACCAUGAUAUCGUGUCGGUGUUUUUACUGACGCUGGGCAAUUCAAAACUUACAUUACAAGUUGUUCAGAAUAUUAGUGAAACGUAUCAGCGUGAGCCAAUGCGGUCAGGAUUGGACCAAGUCAUGGCGACCACGCGGUUACUUUUUCCGUUGUUAGAUGCGGCGGACGAACUGCUUUUCCAGCAUCUGCACGAGUCGGGAGUGGAGCCAUUUUUUGCUUUACCAUGGAUGAUCACGUGGUUUGCGCAUCAGCUCAAGCGCUUUGAAGAUGUUGCUCGUCUGUAUGAUGUAUUUCUCGUGACCCACCCACUGUUCAGUCUUUAUGUGUCUGCAUCCGUUUUGCUUGGGUCAAGAGAGAAAAUAUUGCGAUGCGAACGCGAUUUUGGCACGAUGCAUGGAAUGCUGUCAAAGUUGCCGCUUUCCAUGGGAAUUGAAAAGGUCAUCGAACGUGCUCUUAUGUUGUUCCACCAGUUGCCCCCGGCACAGCUCCGUCAGCAAAGCGAAGUUGAAUUGGUCUCUCUCUCAGGCCUGUACUACUUUACGUUUCCAUUUGAGUAUCAACCGUGGCCUAGUGUGAUAACUCCUGUGCUUAAGGAAGUUCCACCAUUACCUCCUCGUCGAGCAAGGGAUCGAGGCAAAGGAGGCAAUAUGCUGGGCUUUUGGCAGACUUCUGUCGUUGUCACUGCCGUAGCGAUUGGCGUCGUGGCAGUCGUGUCUGCAUACGCCUUUCGAGACCGGAUCGGAAUAAGAGCGUAA